AUGAAAGUUUGCGAGAAAGUCAAAAAGAAGGGAACGACAUCGUACAACGAGGUUGCGGAUGAACUUGUUGGAGAGUUUACUAAUCCUGCUCAUAUAAAUUCUUUGACAGAUCAGCAAUAUGAUCAGAAAAAUAUUAGAAGACGUGUAUAUGAUGCUUUGAACGUUUUAAUGGCAAUGAAUAUUAUUUCAAAAGAAAAGAAAGAAAUCAGGUGGUUAGGUUUGCCAACCAAUUCUCUUCAGGAAUGUCUGGCACUUGAGAAAGAUAAAAAGAAGAAAAUCGAGAGGAUUAAAGCAAAAACACAACAAUUGCAUCAAUUGAUUCUCUCGCAUAUCUCCUUUAAAAAUUUGGUGGAACGUAAUCGUGCCAAUGAGAGUCUGCGUGGCCCACCAAAACCAAAUUCUGCCAUACAGCUGCCAUUCCUGAUUGUGAAUACUAGCAAAAAGACUGUCAUAGAUUGCAGCAUUUCAAAUGACAAAGUUAGCGUCUGAUGAUUUGGAAAAGUUUAUCCCAGUGACCAUUCCUGGACCAAGUACCUCAAUGGAAGACCUGGAUACAAAAUUGGAAGGCUCUCGACCUCCUUCAUCUUCUCAUACUUCGCUUUCAGAGGAUGUUUUAUCGCCACCCUCGCAGUAUUAUUCCGAGGAGGAAGACGAGGAAGAGGAAAGUGAUCAAGACGACCAAGCCGAUAGUGAUCUCGAAGUUAACUAG